CUCGGAUUUGGAUCUGAGUCCGAUCCAUGGACGGAUAAGGACAUAGGCUUAGGUGGAAUUCAACGGAUGAGCAGUCGACCGGCGCGCGGCGGCGAAGGGUUUACUGCCGGCGUUUUAGCCGUGUACCAGUAGCCUCACAUGUGUCAGCAAUCUGCUCCUCGAUUCUCACUUCUCACUUCUCACCGAGUGACCGAUCAGGCGCACCAACGGCCUCUUGGUCCCGCCGCGCACACAGAAACGCGGAUUCAGAAGGCGCGAUUUGGACUUUCUUCAAGAUUUUCUUUUUCUUUUGUCUCUCAUUUAUUCAUAUUCAGACACAAACUACAGGAGAGAUAUAUCGCUUCUUUGAUUUGUGCCGAUGAGAGGAGCCCAAGGAAGGCCGGUGCUUAGGGACCUAGAGAGGGCCAAGCUAGGGCUUCCUCUGGCUCUCUUCUUUUGCUUGCUCUUCUUCUUCGUCGGGUUCUUCGGAUCCAUGUUUGUCUCCCAGGAUUUUUUGAACUUUGGUCGUGUGCGUCGGGUGAGUUUGAUGGAAUUGAGCGAGGUGGACGUCGGUGCGGUGGAGCCAGCAACGCGUUACUGGGCGAGCAGAGAAGCCGAAUCAGGGAUUCCUUUUCAGAUUUUGAGCUGGAGACCUCGAGCAGUGUACUUUCCAAAGUUUGCAACACUAGAGCAAUGCCUUAGCAUAAUAAAAAAUUCAAGGUCAAAACUUUCACCAUCGACUUUGGCUUUACGUGAUGGGGAAACAGCUGAGAAUACCAAAGGAAUAAGAACAAGUACUGGUGCAUUCAUCAGUAAGUCAGAUGAUUCAUCUGGCACGUUGAAUGAACUUGAAGAGAAAAUAGCAAGGGUUACGAUGAUUCCGAGAAGUCAAGGAGAGGACUUCUACAUUCUCCGUUACCAGAUUGGGCAGAGGUAUGCUUCUCAUUAUGAUGCAUUCAGCCCAGCUGAAUAUGGCCCUCAGAAAAGCCAAAGGAUUGCUACAUUUUUAAUUUAUUUAUCAGAUGUUGAGGAAGGAGGGGAAACUAUGUUUCCUUACGAGAAUGGCUCUAAUAUGGAUAUUGAGUAUGAUUACUUCAAAUGCAUUGGUUUGACAGUGAAGCCUAGCAGAGGAGACGGGCUUUUAUUUUAUUCUGUAUUUACAAACGGCACAAUUGAUCUGACAUCACUUCAUGGAAGUUGCCCAGUCAUCAAAGGGGAAAAAUGGGUAGCAACAAAGUGGCUGAGAGAUCAAACUGAAUAAGAGGUCUUCGUGGAUGCAUCAACAGGGAAUCAAUACUUCAUAAAAUUUUACAUUAGAGAAGCUAUGUUAAGAACUUGUUUAAGAUUUUCUCAUAAGGCCCCAUUUGAUUCUUGUUUUUUUUUCUUUCUCCUGUAGUAAUGUACAUAUACUGUACUAUAUAUAGUUCAAAUAAAAUCCAGUUUUGUUUUA